CCCGAAGGAAACAUCCAGGUCUUCAUGGAAUACAACAGCACCUUCACCCUCCAUCCCUCGCCGGAGAGCAAUGCGGCAUGGGAAUCCCUCUUCCCCACGGGCAAGGGCUUCGUCAAGCACUCUACCAUCGCCCCUGAAACUUCCGGUCUCGUGGUGUACCACGGACUUCAUUGUUUGAAUGCUCUCCGCGAGGUUUACUAUGCUGCCGUGGACGGCCGACUGUCUCAUAUGACGGAAGAACACGAUCACCAGACGGAUCCACAUCAUGUCCGACACUGCUUUGAUUAUCUGCGACAGAGUCUCAUGUGCUCGGCUGAUACCAAUCUGGAGCCGGUGACGAAGGAUCUGAAGGGGGUUACGGGCUGGGGGUUUACUCGGACGUGUCGUGAUCUAGAUAGUGUGAAGAGAUGGGCGGAGGAG